AUGGCCGCCUUGCUCCGCCACCACCCUCUGCCUCCGGCCGUCCCUUCUCUCUCCCGCCACCGCUUCCUCCCUCCUUCUCAUCCUCCUCUUGUGUUAUCCUUCCGCCGCCGUGUAGCCGUGGUCCGGGCUUCUGGCAACAACGACUUCGACAGGUUCGCCAGAAAAGCCUGGCGCAGCGCAAAUGAUGGCUUUGAGCUCUUCCUUUUCGAGGCGAAGAAGACGGUGGAACGCAUUGACCGGAAGUACUCGGUCGGCCGGCGUCUCAAUGUUGCCACGCAGUCUGCCGUUGAUAGAGCGCGCUUGAUCGAUAGGGAUUUGAACAUCACCGUUCGUUGGCGCGCCUUCACCAUGGAUUUCUCCCGAAACUGGCCUAGGUACAGGAAGCAGCUCAAUGAUCUCAUGGAUACUCCAUUAGGAAGAUUUUCUUAUGCUAUGUUCUUCGUCUGGUUUGCUCUAUCAGGGUGGCUGUUUCGGUUCAUAAUAUAUGGUUCAUGGAUUCUGCCGCUUGCUGUGCCUCUUAUAAUAGCAGCUAUUGGGAAUAAUCUUGUCAUCAAGGGGUCGUGUCCAGCUUGUAGGCAGGAUUUCAUGGGUAUCAAGAACCGGGCAAUCCGCUGUGCAGGGUGUGGUAACAUUGUGUGGUACCCUGAAGACGACGUAUUUUCAAGAGGCGGAGGUGCCGGUGGUAAGAAAGGAACAAAACCUUCAAAGUCAGAUCCUAAUGUAAUCGACGUGGAAUUUGAAGAGAAAUAA